GAUGCCUGGGGACGAGCGGCACUCCGUUGUCAAGGCGCGCUUGAUGUGCUCAUUCACUGGCUUGCCGAGGGCCCCUGUCAACAGAAAGAGGUCAUUGUGAAUUCCCUCAGAUGGUUUAUUCACGACUCAAUAGGAUUAAAUUACAUAGCUUGCGGUACUCAAUUCCUGGAUGUUGCUUUGCGACAUAUCAAUGGCUUUUUGGACCAAAAUGGACGCCGUUGUCAGGACCACUAUGUUGGUAACCCAUUCAAUCGACGCAAGGUUGAGGCAGGCGGUAAGGCAGUGCUGGAAGUGUGUACUCAAAUAAAGAAUUAUGCUCAUGUUACUUGCUCAUGCUGUGCUGAAGUGAGAGAAAGCCGCUAUAGAUCAGAUGUUUAUAACAGAAGUGCCGGUAAUGCACAUGCAAGGGCUUCGUCGGUGAGUCCGCCACGCUCACCUUCGCCUGCAUUCCAUCUUGGCAGCCCUUCACGAAUGGAUGAAUAUAUCGAAUCAUUGGAACGCCCAUGUCUAACGCAAGAUGAAAACCUGCGCAUGGAUGCCACGCACUUGAACACUUACACACGAAUUAUUUUCCUAGUAAAUGCAUUAUUUUUGGUACAAAUGACUGUGCUGUUUCGAAUGCAAAGGAUUGGGCCACACGAAUUAUAA